AUGGAUCCGGCCCUUGCAGUCGACCCAGCUCCUUCUACCCAGUUCGAGCUGCGUCACCCAACUGCUCUUCUUUGGGGCUAUGAGAUGCAACGCGUGACCAAAGAGCUGACGGAACGCCUCGUUGCGACGAAAUCCCAACUCGAGGAAAAUGAGAAGUUGACGCGCCUCAUGUACCAAUGCCUCAAUGACCUUAUUGUCAUCCUCGCCUCGAUCACCACCGAGCUCAAGAAUACCUCCCACAGCAGCCGCCAUCGCCUUCAAGUCCUCCGUCGACAGCUGGCACAUGCCCUGGGCCCCCUCCAGCUAUACGCCAAUGCAAUUGAAAAGAAGAAUAAAACGCUGAUCAGCUGCAUCACUGAACUGAAGGAUAUGUACAAGCGUGAGGGAACCACGGCACCCACAACUGCCGAGGCCAGCCACGAUGCAGAAACCGUUGACUCGCAUUUGCACCCCUCUACCGAUACCGCAAAAGUCAAGGUAGGCAAGAUCACUCUCAAAGUGACCGAUUCCACUGAGGCGUCUCUGGCUGCACAGCCAAUGGAAGUCAAACUCGCCGCGGUAAUGAAACAAGGCCUACGCUCACUGGAAGAGUACUACGAAUCAGCCCGCGUUUUCCGCCGCAGCCAGCGCCGGCUGCAGCAGGACAACGAUAAGCUUUUCAUCAAUGCUUUCAUUGCAGGGCUGGACCGGAGCAUCUACCGCCGGCGCAUUACCCACUGGCUGAAGAAGGAGCGCUGGGAAUGGGCGUGGCUGGAGCAUAUCAUCAUGGUUCUCAUCCUUGAAGAAGAGCACUUUGAGAAGCAGGAGUAUGCUCUUACGCAUCGGUUUUCGGAUGGGUCGGUGUUGCUGCCGGAUGGGAUGCGCGAGCCACAGUUUGUUGUUCUUUCGCCUAUCACAGAAGAAGAUCUGACCGAGUCGGAGGGGGAAUGA